AAUAGUCACUUCGGAAGAAUGGCCGCCGUUUGCCCUGUAGUUGGAACAACCACCACCGUCCUACCUCCAGACCACCCAGCCUUGUCUUCAGACCCAGAGGCGCGAUGCCCGGUGACGAACGCUAAGGUCUCGCACCACACUGGCAGUGUCAUCCAUAACCACCCAAGCAGCCCGACUAUCCCCAAGGACUCGCACGAAGCAAUGGAUGCGCGUGCAUGCCCCGCGCUCAAGAACGUGACCAAGAAGGAUGGCAUCACGGACGCCUUGUGUCCGGUUGUGGGCCCAGUGUCCGCCUACCUGCCACCUACCCAUCCUAAAUUGACGGAGGCGGAGGCCGGCAAGCAGUGCCCGGUGACGAACGCGAAGUUGGAGCAUCACGAGGGCAAGGUGCACGAGCACCCCAGUGUGCCGAAUGAUGCGCCUGUCCAGAAGUGCCCCGUUGCCGGCGCUUUGAUGGAUCAUGAGUAAUUCGCCUGAGAGCUCUUAACACUUGUCACGCUUGUUCCUCCUUCAACGGCUAGUUCGGUGUACAGUUCCUUUACAUGCAAGAAACAUUGAAGCGCUAGGUGACUGCUAGUGGCAACUAAACGUGCCAUCUCCUGACGGAUGCUCUUCAUCUGACAAGAUGGGCAUUGGGGAGCGGUUCGCAGCAAGAUCUCUCCAUCACCCAGCCAUGUACUUCGAGUAACCGUUGGAGAACUGUAGCUGAUCAUACGGCAGUAAGUAUUCGUGGGUUUUAUCAAGGUAAAUCUGGAGACUCCGUGAGUUUUAGCGGGCUGCGAAGAUAGUAACAACUUAUAACAUGGCACGCAACGUAGUUCGUGAAGUUGCCUUUAAUGACUAUCACCCCGGAUGUGGAGC